CCAGCCGCUACCCAGUACGACAUCAUACGAGACGAUGGAUUCAAAGACCUCAUGCACGCCGACGACGACGACAGGCGUGCCACCCAGAGACUCCAGCAGAAAGACUUGGAGACCCAGGAAAGGCGCCAAGGGCUUUUCAACAACAGAGCCUCUGAAAAUGGCAUCCUCUUGGGCAUUCAUUGUGUCAAUUUCAUGUGCCACAGCAGCCUAAACGUCGAGCUCGGUCCGCUUCUCAACUUCAUCGUCGGUGAGAACGGCAGCGGCAAGAGCGCCAUUCUCACGGCAAUCACCCUCUGCCUUGGCGGAAAGGCAAGCGCCACCAAUCGAGGAGGCAGUCUGAAAGCCUUCAUCAAGGAAGGGCAGCACGAGGCCAGGCUCAUAGUCAAAAUCAAGAACGAGGGCCAGGGUGCCUACCAGCACGACAUAUACGGGGACUUUAUUCAGGUCGAGCGCCGCUUCAACAAGAGAGGAACCAGCGGCUUUAGGGUCCUCUCUGCUGGCGGCAGGGUCAUCAGCAAGAGGAAGCAGGACGUCGACGACAUCGUCGAGUACUACUGCCUCCAAGUCGACAAUCCGCUCAAUGUGCUGUCACAGGACAACGCACGACAAUUUCUCAACCAGUCAACGCCGAAACAAAAGUUCAAGUUUUUUAUGCAGGGAGUACAGCUGCAACAGCUGGAUGAUGACUACCGCGUCGUCAUAGGGUACAUGAGCUCCAAUGAAACCAAAGAGGCCGAUCUUCAGACGAGACUGGACAUCUGCAAGCGGGACCAUGAACGAGCCAAGAAGGACUACUCUCUUUACAUGGAGUCCGAGAAUUUGCGUCGUCAACAUCGGCUCUUAUGUCGGAAGCUGGCCUGGUGCCAGGUGGAGGAGGUCGAGCGCGAGGUUGCCGAAAAUGAAGGCAAGCUUGUUGAAUGCGACGGGAACAUUGCAGAUGCGCAACGGGCUGUCGACCAGAAGACCCAGCAGCUGGCCCAAGUCGAGCGACAGAUCACGCAGGCCGAAGAAGACUUCACGACGACCGACGAAGCAAAUAAUGCUUUGCAGGCCAAAGUAGAACAGGCGCAAGGAGAACACGAGGAGGCUAAACAGGCUCUCGUGAAGCUUAACAGCGACGAACGUGAUGCCUUUGGCCGCGUCAGCAAUGCUCGCAAGAACGUCAAAGAGUACGAGCGGAUGAUUCAAGAGGAAGAGCAGCGGCUGCAGGACCUGAAUGGAGAUGCUGUCAUGCGGAGGAACGAGGAACUGAAGGCAGCUCAGACAAGGCAGGCCCAGCUCAGGAAGGACUCUGAAGACUCACAGCUGCGCAUCCCGGACCUCAACAGAGAGAUCGAGAAGGUCAGCGGAGAAUUGCAGACACUUGACCAACUGAUGACCGAGAAGAAGAAUGAAGCUGUGGCUUUGCAGAAGAGGAUCCGGGAGCUUGAACAAGGCCAGAACUCGCUCUACGACGCAUACGAGCCACAAAUGACGCAGCUCCUGAGGAUGAUUGACGCGGACGCCGGGUUUGAGCAGAAGCCCGUGGGGCCCGUAGGUGCCCACAUUCAAGUCCUAAAACCCAUAUGGUCGCCCAUGUUGGAGCGGAUGUUUGGAGAAGUCUUGAACGGAUUCGUUGUGACGAGCAAGCGUGACCAGCAGCGACUGAGGGACAUGAUGAGCCGCCUGAGAAUCACCAAAAGCCCGAUCCUCAUUGGCAAUUCAAGACCGAUCGAUACGUCCAGGCACGAGCCAGACGAGAAAUUCGAUACGGUUAUGCGAAUACUCAAGAUCGACAAUUCACUGAUCCGCAAUCAACUUAUCAUCAACAAUCGUAUCGAGAAGGUCAUUUUGGUCGAAGACCAAGGCGACGCGACCCGCAUCAUGGUGCACUCCACACCUCCACCCAACGUGGCCGCUUGUUUCCAUCUCUUCCCAGGGCGACGUGACUGGACUGUGCGGAUCUCUGUCAAUGCCAACGGUAUCACAUCCGCGCCGUCGCGCCCUCCAGAUGCCAAUCAGAAGCCUCGCCUGAGGAGUGACUCCCUGCAGGAGACUUCUCUUCACAAGGAGACACUGCGCCAGCUCCAGGGAGAAGUAGGGGAUCUUCAGCAGAAGAGAGCGAUGCAGCAACGGGCCUUUGAACGUUGCCAAAAGAGCAUCGUAGACAUCAAGAAGACUGUUGACAGCAACAAGCAAAAGGCAAGGGAAGUGCAGGUCGAGAUCGACGACAUCCAAGCCGAGCUUGACUCUUUUGAGGGCGUUGAUGGGAGGCUUGAAGGUCUUCGUGCUGACUUGAGCAAAGCCCAAGAGGACUUCGACCACUAUGGCAGCUCAUACGGCACUACGCAGCUGAGGAAGCAAGAGCAAAACCGGACCUGCGAAGGUCUGCGGGACAAGGUCAAGGCUGCGAAGGCGGCUGUGAGGGAGUUUGAGCCUCAGCUUAAGAAGGCCGAAGACAAAGUCAAGAGGUACAAAGAUGUGCGUCAGCUUACGGUGCAAGAAAAGAACGAAGCACAUGACCAGCACGCGGUUGCCAUCGACGAGAAACAGCGCCAUGAGCACAAACGUGAGGAACUUCAAAAGACUGUGGCCGAGUUUACCGCCCAGGCGGAACAGAUUUGUCCUCGGAUCCACAUCGCUGAAGAUGAGACAUACGACAUUCUUGAGAAACAAAUGGACUCCCUACGGGCCACGCUGCAAGAGCGCGAAAAGAGAAGGGGCAUGACCGACGAGGAGGUCCGACGGCGAUUGGACAGCAGCUUCAAAGCUCUUGAGGAAGUGCAAACGGGAUACGCACAAGUGCGGUUCGAAAACCAGGCUUUGAAGACAACUCUGGAGGACCGGCUCUCCAAGUGGAGAAAGUUCCGGCGGUAUAUUUCCUCGCAAUCUCGAGCGAACUUUAUGUACCUGCUCAGCGAGCGAGACUUCAGAGGCAGGCUGAUUCUGCGACACGAUCUUCAGACACUGGAGGUUCAGGUCGAGCCGGACAAGACUCGCAAGAAUGCGGCGGCCCGCAGCACAAAGACUCUGUCGGGCGGUGAGAAGUCAUUCUCGUCCAUCUGUCUGCUACUCGCAAUCUGGGAGGCCAUGGGCUCUCCACUACGCUGCCUUGAUGAGUUUGAUGUCUUCAUGGACAAUGUCAACCGGGCCAUCAGCACCAAUAUGCUGAUCUCGGCAGCACGCAACUCAGUUGGCCGUCAGUUCAUCCUCAUUACCCCCAAUGCAAUUGAGGGACGUGCGAACUUAGAUCAGGAUGUCAAAAUAACGAGAAUGCGGGAUCCCCGUCAGCCAACAGUGGACACAUACAUGCGUUCGACUUGAGGAUGAGAGUCUAUCUGCGUGUAUGACGGUGCACUCGUUGCUCCGUGAACCGCUUCUCGUCUCCUUUCACUCACAGGCAUAAACAAACAAAGCGAUUUUGCGGAUGGAGAAGGUAUUGGGAUGGAGUUUUGGUGGCUUGAUUUUGAUGUUUUUGCUUUGCUUUGCCUGUCGAGAUACCUUAUGUAAAGAAGCUUCAUGACACGAAUCAGACUAUGUUCUUGCCCUCG